GGUUGGCGUGCAUUAACGGCACAAAGCUUGAAAAAGGAGUAGUGUAGUGUGCACCCUCUGUUCCACUCUGUCAAAGACAGUAGAAACCCCCCCACUUACUCUUAUACUACGCCACCCCACACGUACUCUCCCUCUCCCUCUCUCUCUUCAGAAAGAGGAACCAGAGCGACAACUCCUUCAGUAUAUUCAGUCCCUCCUCGGCUCCACACCGAAUACACGCAUUUCGCAUUCAUUUACAUGUAGGAGAGAGAGGGUCUUGAGAUUCGCGACUUAAAAGACGAGAUCUUGGCAAAUCAGGAGGAGUAAUAGCCAAGGCGGCUGCAAAUUUAAGGCGCCCCUCACCUUUAAUUCUGCCCGGGUUGGUGGACUAUAAUCUGUCACAACAUUUAUGGCAUCACAUCACCGCGUUUUCACAAUGCAGCCCUCGCAAAUUCUCUCUUAAUUGCUCCGGCUCGCCACCCGAGGCGUUUUCUCUCUCUAAGUGGGGUGUGUGAGAGAAAAAACAAAACAAAACAAAAAAGCAGAGUGUGUGGGGGGAGAUUUCUCUAACGCUGCUGCAGCUGAGAUUGUUGGUGGGUUUUGUUUCUUUGUGUUUGUUUUGCUAUUUUGUGGAAGAUGACGCUGAUAUGUUCUGGUCGGAGAGGGACUCAAAAUGUGUGAUGGGAUUACGUAAAGAUUCCCUCUUUUGUCUCUUUUAGGCCGCAGAGAAUGAUUUUCGGUUUUUGCAGUUUCUUGCCCUUUUAGGAGUUAUACGUGUUUUUCUUGCCAGAAUUUGUUCAUUGAAAGUUCCAAGGAGCUCUGUUUUGAGCUAGUUUGAAGCAGAAGAAGGUGAAGAAAAAUUAAAACAGAUUAAAAGAUGAAGUAUAUGAAGCUGGGGUCGAAGCCAGAUGCUUUUCAAGCUGAAGGGAAUUGUGUGAGGUAUGUGUCGUCUGAAUUGGCAACUGAUGCCAUCAUAAGCGUUGGCGAUGUGAAGUUCCUUCUCCAUAAGUUUCCUCUCUUGUCCAAGAGCAAUAAGUUGCAGAAGCUCGUAUCAGGAGGGAGCGAGGAAAGCCCUGAUGAGAUCCGGUUGGUUGAUUUCCCCGGUGGCCCUAAAGCAUUUGAGAUAUGUGCCAAGUUCUGUUAUGGCGUAACGGUGACUCUCAACCCCUACAACGUUGUGGCUGCACGCUGUGCAGCAGAGUAUCUUGAAAUGACUGAGGAUAUCGACAGAGGAAACCUGAUCUUGAAGAUCGACAUAUUCCUCAACUCCAGUGUUCUGCGCAACUGGAAGGAUUCCAUCAUCGUCCUACAGACCUCCAAGUCUCUCCUCCCGUGGUCCGAGAAUCUAAAGAUAGUCGGCAGGUGCAUAGAUUCAAUAGCAUCCAAAACGUCUGUGGAUCCUUCGGUCAUCACCUGGUCUUACACUUAUAACAGAAGACUGGCCACAUCAGACCAAAUAAUCCACAGUGGAUUGAAAUUCUCCGAGAAGAUGGAAACCGUGCCAAAAGAUUGGUGGAUCGAAGAUAUCUGUGAGCUGGACAUUGACCUGUACAAGAGAGUCAUGCUCGCGAUAAAAUCCAAGGGCAGGAUGGGCGGGGGCGUGAUUGGGGAGGCGCUGAAGGCUUACGCCAUGAGAUGGCUGCCGGAUUCUGUUGAUGCAUUGGUGUCUGAAGUUCACAUCAACCGGAACAAAUCUCUGGUCGAAACCAUAAUCUGCUUGCUCCCUUCGGACAAGGGCAUCAGCUGCGCCUGCAGUUUCUUACUGAAACUACUCAAAGUUGCUAUCCUCAUAGAAGCUGAUGAUUCAUCAAGGGAGGAGCUGAUAAAGAACAUCAGUCUGAAAUUGGAUGAUGCUUCGGUUGGUGACCUCUUGAUCCCGGCAAGGCCGCCUCAGACAACCCUCUACGAUGUUGAACUUGUUCAACGCCUCGUGGAUCUGUUUGUGGAGAAUCAGAUGAGCAAGAAGGACAAGAGGGUGAUUGAGAAGAAUGGGGGUGACUUUGUUUUAGGGCAUGGAUCUUGGUUGAGAGUUGGGAAGGUCAUAGAUGGUUAUCUAGCAGCAGUUGCUCGCGACCGGAAUCUCACCGUGUCCAGCUUCAUCAAACUGUCGGAGUCAGUCCCUGAGACGGCUAGACCGAUUCACGAUGGACUGUACGGCGCCAUUGACAUGUUUCUAAAGGAGCACAGUGGACUAACAAAAUCUGAGAGGAAGAGGUUGUGUGGGGUGAUGGAUGUGAAGAAAUUGACAACGGAGGCGACCAUGCACGCAGCGCAGAACGAGCAGCUGCCACUACGUGUGGUGGUUCAAGUUCUCUUCUUCGAGCAGGCGAGGGCAGCCGCCGCCUUGAGCAACGGCGAUGAUGAUGCACCUGAAAACCGGAAAUCUCUGAGGAAACAGAUGGAUGAACUGCAGAUGAAAGAAGAGGAAUCAGUGAAGAAUGUCAAGAGAGGCAGCAAGAACAGAGGAUCCGGCGCGCAGCUGCUGCCAUCGCGGUCGAGGAGGAUAUUCGACAGGUUGUGGAUGGUGGGGAAGGGGCUGGCCGGCAGGGAGAACAAGAGCUCCGAGACUUCGGGGAGCUCUCAGAGCCCGACCUCGAUGAUACGGGGAGAAACCAAGUCCUCUGGCUCGUCGUCCAGGCAUCGGAGGCACUCGAUUUCGUGAGCAAGGAAGAAAAAAGAUGAUGGUAAGUGUAAAGUGGUAGUAGGAUAUGAUCUCCAUUGCUGUUGUAGGGAAAACUGCUUUGUUGGAUAAUCUUGUGCUGUUGUUUUUCGUUUUAUCAUUGCUUGAAUUCUUGUAUAUCUAUUUCUCAUUUAGUAAGAAAUGGUGUCUUUGUUUA